AUGCCUGCGACUAGAGAAAACUGCCAGUGUCCCAAAUGUAUUCAUCCGGAUACGAUGCAAAGGAUAAGCGACACUUUCUCAAUCCCACAGAAUGUCAAGAUAGAGUCAAUCGAGCACAGUGACAGUAUGACCAUGAUCAAGUGGUCUGAUAAUCACAUGGGACUUUAUCCACAUGGUUGGCUUUAUGGACAUACGCAGACCAUACCUGACCUUGAAGGGACCAAGUCGGUGUCAUAUCCCCAAUCAGAACUGCAUGGUCUCAGAAGGUACUUUACCUCAGUCCUGGAUCAAAACAAAAGUCCCAGAGUCAAAUAUGACGAUGUUAUGUCAGACGAUGAAUCUCUUCAUAUUUGGCUAAGCCAUAUCUGGAAAGAUGGAUUCUGUUUUGUAGACGACGUUCCUAUCAACCCAGAGGCGACUGAAUUUCUCAUCGAGCGGAUUGCGUUCAUCAGAAACACCCAUUAUGGUGGCUUUUGGGAUUUCACAGCCGAUUUGACUUUUAAAGACACGGCAUACACCAACGAAUUCCUAGCCGCAGCUCAACUACGCCGCGAGAACCCCGAGCAUUAUGCCUCAUUGGUAAAAUAUAGGCAGCCGUGGCACGCAAGCGGGAACGAAGACAUAUGCAUCCAACCGUCCGGCAUGGCACCGGUAUUUUCGAUGCACCCGGACUCGAAUAGAAUGUACCAGAUCCGUUGGAACAACUAUGAUCGUGCACCAAACAGCAAUUUGUCGGUACCGGAACAGACCAUGUGGUACAGCGCUGCGCGCCACUAUAACAAGAUCUUGAAGAGCAAAGAAAUGUGGACGAAGCUAAAACCAGGCUCGGCGCUCAUCUUCGAUAACUGGAGAAUGUUACAUGGCCGCUCUGAAUUUACUGGAAAGAGGCGAAUGUGUGGUGGCUACGUCAACAACGAUGACUACAUUUCUCGACUUCGUCUGCUCAAGUUCGGCCGGAAAGCGGUGCUGGACAACCUUGGCAACGUCCGAAAUCAUCCUGAUAAUCCUUAUUGGAUUAUCUAG